AUGAACAUCUUCCGCCUCGGGGGUGACCUAUCCCACCUGGCCUCCAUCGGCAUCCUCAUCCACAAGAUCCAGACAUCCCGCUCAGCUCGGGGUAUCUCGUUCCGUACGCAAAUCCUCUACACCAUUGUUUUCUGUACAAGGUAUCUGGAUGUCUUUGCAGAGAAUUCCCUCUACCGGUUCGUAAUGAAGCUCUUCUUCAUUGCCUCGAGCGUGUAUAUCCUCUACCUCAUGAGGAUCAGAUUCAGGCCCACUCACGACCCAGCAAUCGAUACGAUCCGGCUGGAAUACCUCCUCGGUCCAUGUGCGGUCCUAGCGCUGAUCUUCAACUACCAGUUCACCAUCACCGAGAUCCUCUGGUCCUUCUCCAUCUACCUAGAGUCGGUCGCUAUCCUACCUCAGCUCUUCAUGCUACAGCGCACCGGAGAGGCAGAGACGAUUACCACGCACUACCUCUUUGCUCUGGGAGCAUACAGGGCGCUUUACAUCCCCAACUGGAUCUAUAGGUACUUUGUUCAUAACAAGGUAGACCCGAUCUCCGUCGUCGCGGGCCUUGUGCAGACUGGACUGUACGCCGAUUUCUUCUGGAUCUACUUCAACAAGGUCAUGAAGGGAGAGAAGUUCACACUGCCAGCAUGA